GUCUGACAGCAACAACCAUCACUAAAGUAGGUCUUUUAGAACUCUUCGUCAUGACAACAUUCCAAGUGCCUGAUCAUUUCCCCGCUGAGACGUCAUGGAUCUCCGCGUGUCCCGGUGGUCUGUGGGAGGUGCGCCGAAGGUGGCUUAGAGAAAGACAACGAGGGGACAGCACGCCUAUGAUGGGGUCACUAUGUAAGGUCAAGGUGCGGCGAAAGACUGUUACAGGGGAAAACACACUGCAUACUGCUUCUCAAGAGCAAGAAUCAACAGCUAGCGUUGAUUCUAGCGAGCAAGCCUCCUCAUAUCCCCGCUCGCAGGACUCUAUACUGCAGGUCCAACUGGAUGAGUGGUUCGUGUUGCGCAUGGGCGAAGGACAGUGUGACAUUACUGAGGGCUGCCUGGAAGGGAUGAGGGCUGGAGAGAUGUGUGAGUUCACAAUAAGUGCCUGGAAUACAAAGAACUCCAAAGCAGCAUGCGGUGAUGCUAAUGGUACCCAGAUUGAAAAUACAACAGGGCAAGGAUUGUUACAGCAGGCCGACUGCUUUACUCUUCAGCUUCACUCUUUAACCCCUGGGCAGGAGUCUUGGCAGAUGACACCUGGAGAAAAGUGGGCUUGGGUGCUGUCUCACAAGCAGAGGGGUGGUCAACGGUUUGGGAAGGGAGAUAUCUGGGGUGCGGCAGACUGCUAUUGCAGAGCUGUAAAGCUGGCAAUAACUUUAAACGGCCAGACAAGAGGAAACCCAGUAGACGAGACGUCUAAAGAAGGUGUGGAUGGAGAUGAUAAUGAUGCAGCUUUGACACCAUGCUAUGAUAAAGAAAAUGAGCUGGCAGAAAGUGCUGAUGAUUCCUCCAUUCCAACUGAGGAAGAGUACAAAAAUGUAAAAGCAGAGCUUCACUGCAAUCUCUCUUUAUGCCAACUUAAGUUAGGCCAGCUUGGUAAAUCCAGAGACAGCAGUACCAAGGCCACCGAGCUGAACCCAAAGAGCACUAAAGCCUGGUACCGGCUUGGGCAAGCUUGCAUGCAGCUGGGCGAACUGGAGGAAUCCCGCAUGGCCUUUGGAAAGAUUCUUGAACUCCAACCGGAUUCUGCAUCAGCUCGUACUGCUCUGAAACAAGUGAACUCCCAAUUAAAAGACCUAAACAGUAAACUUGGUCAAAGGCUGAGCAAGAUGUUUAACUAGGAAAUAACUGAAAGUUAGCAAAUACAGAAAACAGAAUUAUAAAAAUUAUAUUGUGAAACUGAUUACUGUAAAGUGCCCAUAAGUUAUGUUUUUGGUCCUUCCUUGCAGCCCAAUUUUAGUUUUUAAAACUUCUUUACUGUAUGGAUAUACUAUCUUAAAUGUUCAAUGUUGUAAUUUGUUAAUGUUGAAAUCUACAUAAACUUGAAAGUCAUGAGGCUACUUAAGACAUUUACUGAAUGUACUUAAAUUCUUUUUGUUUAUUUUUGUAAAAUAAGAAUAUACUGCUUUGAUGUUUUGUUCUAAACAAAUGUUUUUUUUUUUAUUCUGGAUUUAUAACUGCUGUAGAAAAUGAUAAAAUGCCAAGUAUAACUCAUUCUUACAUAAAAUGACAUUAAACAAUGUGAUUUAUAAAAAAAUCUG